AUGUCGAAAAGGUUUAAAGAAUAUAUCCAACUAAAUGAAUAUGUUGGAAAAUUUAAUCCAUCUAAUUCACUAUUUUACGCUUUGAGACCAAAGAAGCUUUUCCAAACCAUUUUAAUCGGUGGAUUAUUUACUAUUUUGCUUAUACUAUAUGAUAUUCACUCGGUUCCCAAUCAAUAUGAUAUUCACUCGGUUCCCAAUCAAUAUGCUCAGCAUUCUGUCGGAAUAUCUCAAGAAUCGUACAAUUAUGGUGUUAAUAAAUGUAAUAUGAUAAACCGUGCAAAACCUAAUAAUAAGUUUGAACGAACAAGUAAUCCUAGAUUCGUUCCAGGAACAAAAACCAUUAUCUUGAAAAAUGGAAAGAUCUUAACCGGAAAAGGAGAUUGUAUUUUAGGUGAUAUCAUCUUAAAAAAUGGGUUAAUUCAUGAUAUUGGACCGAAUCUCAAUGAUGAAGAUGCUACUAUAAUUGAUCCUGAAAUAAUUUCUAGUCAUGCCGGUGUCAUCUCUUGGCCAUAUUUGACUGCUACUGUUGACAUGAACGAAGAUUCCAAUCCGAUCACGUCUUUCGUUAUUCUGCCUGGUAGCUCUAACUUGAUGGGUGGUGAAGGUUUCGUUAUUAAAAUGCGACCCGUCGAUACCUUGUCAGUGGAUGAUAUGGGGAUUUAUGCAAAUAUUGAUCCUGAAAAAGAGAGAGUUUGGCGUUGGCUAAAAAUGGCUUGUGGUGAAAAUAUAAAGUGGACCUACGCUAUUCUUACCGGACGCAUGCCUUUUACACGGAUGGGAGAAGCAUGGCUCUUCCGUAAACACUUUGCUGAGGCACAAGCGUUGAAGCAGAGACAAGAUGAUUGGUGUGAAGCUGCAAGCAAAUUGGGUAUCACCGGGCAGUUGAAUUCAUAUUUUCCGGAGGAACUCCGACUCGAUAGUUUGGUUGCAUUAUUAAGGGGCGAUGCGAGAUUGAAUGUCCACUGUUAUGAGACCUAUGAUAUAGAAGCAAUCAUUCGACAUUCUUUGGAAUUUAAUUUUAAUAUUACAGCUUUACAUCAUGCGCUAGAUGCUUAUCGUAUUCCUGAUAUUAUUAAAAAACGGGUAAAAAAUAACAUUACUGUUGCAACAUUCUCUGACCUUUGGGGCUUCAAGAAGGAAACAUUUCAAGCUAGUACAAAGGCUCCGAAAAUUUUAGCCGAUGCACACAUUCCCGUAGCAUUAAAAUCGGAUCAUCCUGCAAUAAAUGCGCAAGCUUUGAUGUUUGAAGCUUCCAAGGCACAUUAUUAUGGUCUUGAUGAACAUCUUUCUCUUGCAGCUGUUACAUCAGUACCCGCAAAAGCCCUUGGUUUAGAUCAUCGCAUUGGUCAAAUUUCAAAGGAAUAUGAUGCUGAUGUUGUGGUUUGGGAUUCUCAUCCAUUGGAGUUAGGUGCAACUCCAUUAGAAGUUUAUAUAGAUGGAAUUCCUCAAUUCAACACUUCCUUACGUGUACUUGAAAAUGAUAUAUCAAAACCAAUCCCAUCAAAUAAUAGAAAUGCAUCUAUGUCAAAGUCAAAUUUUACGCGGAAGUCUGUUAAAUCACGAUUAGCCACCUCAAUUAUGUUAAAAAAUGUUAGCAAGAUUUACGUUGAUGGGAAUCAAACAAUUGAUGCCACUUUAUCCACACAAGGAGAUAUUAGCUUAAUAGUUAAAGAUGGUAUUGUCGAAUGUAUUGGUAUUAAUUGUACACAACCAGAUCAUAUUUCAUCGUAUGAAGUAAUAGAUUUAAAUGGUGGAUAUGUAUUACCAGGAUUUACAGCUGUUGCGCCAUCUCUAGGACUAUCAGUGUUCCCUAGAGAACCCACCACAACAGAUGGUGAAGUGACACCUGUAUCCAAUCCUAACAAUGCUGAAGAAAUUAUCUAUGCCAUCGAUGGAUUGAAAUUGGGAGGCAAACAUUUAGAGGUCGCGCAUAAGGCUGGAGUAUUUACUGCUGUCACUGCGCCUCUCUCGUCUAAAGGCGGGCUUACUGGAGUUUCUAUGGCAUUUGAAACUGGUGCUAACACUGAUAAUAUUUUUGGUCGUGCUGCACGUGGGGAGAUCCCCUUAGUAGUAAAUACUCAUAGCAAAGAUGAAAUUGCUUCUUUGAUCCGAUUGAAAAUUCAAGUUGAGAAUAAUGGUGGACAUUUAAACCUUGUGAUACUGGGUGGUGCUGAAGCUUAUAUUCUUGCCGCUGAAUUGGCUGAACAUAAAAUACCCGUAAUACUUAUCCCGCUCCGAGCUAUUCCAAAGUUUUGGACAGCUCAACAUGUGUUAACAGGGGCACCUAUUACCAAUACAACUGGAAUUGAUAUUCUUUAUGCGAAUGGAGUUAAGAUAGGAAUAGGUGUGGCAAUAGCAGGUUUGGAAAGAAAUUUAAUAUGGGAUGCUGGCUGGGCACAUAUAAAUUCUAGAGGAUUGAUUUCAGAAAAAGAUUCAUUUGGAUUUAUUUCAUGGACUUUGGAAGAAAUUCUUGGUUUAAAUACGAGAGAUAGAAGGUUAAUGAAAGGCAACAUUGCAAAUUUUAUAGCGUAUGAUGGAAAUCCUUUUGAUAUGAAUACAAGGGUGAAAAUUGUUGCCGGUGGUGGUAAGAGUAAAAUUCUUAUUGACCCUGAACAAGAUUAUUCCAAAAGAGUUAAAAGAGAUAAUCAAAAUAGUAGUUUGAACAAAGCGCGGCGUGAUGACGAUAACGAGGAAGGAAUUUAUACGGUUGAAAACAUAUUAGCACAUAGAUUAUCAACAAAUGGACAUCUUCAAUACAAAGUAAAAUGGGCUGGUUAUGAUGAAAGUGAAUCGUGUUGGGUAAACGCUACUGAUGUGUUUGCACCAUAUUUUGUUACCCGUUAUUGGAAUGACCAAAAGAUGAAAUCAUCUGCACAAUCGUCCAAACAAAGUGUUAAAAAUAAUCAAUCAAAUAAAGAAAUCAGUUCGGAUAUCAAGGAUAAUCAAGAUCAAGCUCAAAUUAAUUCUAAACGGUUGAGAAAUAAAACGAAAAAUAAUAGUCAAGCUAAUAUCUCUUAUGAUGACACGACUCCAAUGUGUUUGAGUAAGGUUGAUAAAAUAAGCAACGUAAAUUCAAACAAUGACAUCUCUUCAGACGAUAGUAAUGCUAACUGCUCAUUUAAUGAGACUUUUGAUAAUACGGAUGAAGACAAUUUUAUGAACACAAAUAGUAUCUCUUCAAAAAGUGAUAACCUCAAUACUGUGGUUGAGAUUGAAACUACUAGUUUUAAUAAGAAUGUGAAAACAGAUAAAGAUACUACAAAAGUUAAUGAUGUCGAAGAUGACAAUUCAUAUAUUAUUGUUUCCGAAGAUGAUCCACUGAAUUUGGUAGAGAUUGUUCUUGAUGUGAAACCUAUUGACGCUCAAUUGCAACAAAAAAACUUUGAUAAAGAUAUUACACAAGAACCACAAUGUGCUCAUGAACAAAUUAAUUUCAGAGCAGAAAAGAAUUGGGAGAAUUAUGCGACAGUUAUUGAUAUCAAAAUUGACCCUGGUAGUGGGGAUCUUAUGUGUGUUCUAAAAUGGUAA